GAACAAUAAAAAACAAUACGCCAUAUAUUUAAUUAAUACAAGCACCAUUAUCCAUUUAAAUGCCAUAGAACUCUAAUCCAUCAGCUAAAAUUCGAAUCUGCGACAGUCUCAACAGGUCGCUCGUGUUAAGAGAAAGGCGGAAGAGAGUCACGUUCGCAGCGAAGUCGCGCAGUACGGGGGCUAGUGCAAACUGAAUGAGCGCACCGGCAACCGAGGAACACCUUCCGUCUUCCUCCACCGCGGUCUCCAUUUUAACUCCUCGCCCAGCCUGCACCUCACGUGUCCUGGACUGUCUUUCUCACAUGACCCGUGUGUUUGUCCCCGUGAUCAGCGCUUCCAUCUCCCGUAUUUCAAGUGUCGCUGAAUAUCGCAUUUUAAAAUCCGUUCGCCUUCAUGGAUAUGCUCGAACAGAGCUUGGACACCUCGACGAGUCACGAGAAACAGGAAACUGAGGAGGUUGUUCAGCUACAGGAAGGAGAGGGGGUGGGGGCGGAGGAGCAGACAGCAGUUACCAUAGCGAGUGUCCAGCAAGCAGCAGCAUUUGCAGACCACAAUGUUCAAUACCAGUUCCGCACAGAGAACAGUGGUGGACAGGUGACGUAUCGUGUGGUCCAGGUAACAGAGGAUCAUUUAGAGGCAGCUGGAGAUGGUGGGACUGCAGUCAGUGUGGUGUCUACAGCCGCCUUCGCGGGCGCACAGCAAGCAGUAGCACAGGCUGUUAUACAGAACCCUUUCAGUAAUGGAGGCAGUACAGCAGGGGAGACGGUGGAUGGAGAGACGCGCUUCGCCUACUUCCCAGCAGCAACUGUUAGUGAUGGUACGGCUACAGCUGUGUCAGUGCAGGCCACCUCCGAUCCAACACUCGCACAGGCUGGAGGUCAGUUUUACGUGAUGAUGAGUCCACCAGAUGUUUUACAAACUGGCACACAACGGACCAUCGCUCCUCGUACGCACACUUAUUCCACAGACCUUGGUGAACGUGAGACUCUUCAACACAGCAGAUCAGACUGGAAGAUUGAUGGCCCCCGAGCACCUCGUGAUGAGAGGAGGAGAGCACAGCACAAUGAAGUUGAAAGGAGAAGAAGAGACAAAAUCAACAACUGGAUUGUCACUCUGUCGAAAAUCAUCCCAGACUGCAAUAUGGACAAUACCAAAACAGGAGCGAGUAAAGGAGGCAUCCUGUCUAAAGCAUGUGACUACAUCAGAGAACUCCGACAGACUAACCAGAGGCUUCAGGAGAGCUAUAAGGACGUGGAGAGAAUACAGGUGGACAAUGAGCUACUAAGACAACAGAUUGAAGACCUGAAGAACGACAAUGCACUGCUCAGAGCUCAACUACAACAGCAUGGCCUGGAAAUCAGUGAAAGUACAUCAUAGUGACAAAACUAGCAAAAAACAUGAACAUUAAUAAACAGUCUCGACAACAAAGCUCAAAGUGGAGACAAAACCCUAAAAGACUCCCUUGCUAACAUCUCAUCACAGACUUCUCUGUAGGGAAUGAAUGCUUGUUUGAUACUCAGACACACAUUGUUAUGACGAGACUCUUUGACAGUAGUGAAAAAUAAUGUCUGCUGUAAAAGCUCUCUAUGUUUUCUGCUUCACUCCCAUGAGAACUCAAGAACCCGGACUCAUGCAAAUAUGGAAUUACCCCCACACUUAUCUUUGUUCUAGUUUGAAUAUUGGGAUUGUGAACCAACUAUAUGCCUACCCAUGCCUAAUGUCCAUCUUUUGUUUUGUUUUCAGCCAUUUAAUUUUGUGGAUUUUAUUUUUGCUACAAAGUGCAAAUUUUACUACUGUCCCUGAUAUGGAAGAAGGUCUUUUUGAAGGGUUUUUCGGUAUUGUAUUUAUUAGCUUUCAAAAGAAAUUAUGCUGCAGGUAUACAAAACCUUUGCAUUCUGUGUAAAGUUAAAAUGUCAACCUCAACGAAGUUGUCAAGCAGCCUAAAAUGAUUUUUUGUUUCUUCUGCUCUGCAGUCUUUCCCUAUAUCGGAUUUAAGAUUAUAAGACUAAUCAUAGAUUUGACAUAGUGGCACAUCAAGACUAUAUGCUUUACCGUAUGAGUUUGCUUAGAAUGCAACUGAAAGUACAUAGAAUGUUUUCAGUUAAUUAAAAUGGAGACAACUAA